GUAGGGUAUAGUUUAGUCCAACCGUGUGUGCCACUGUAUUUCAUUGUGAAUUGGUGGAGUCCGAAAUCUACGAUAAAUAAUAUUUCGCGACGGGGAAGAGUGUAUCCUGGAAGCAGACUUGGUCAAAACGAAGGAGGAAAAGGCGAGAGAUGGAGGGUUCAAAAGGAGUCAGUGCAUUAUGCGAAAAUCCAAACGAUGUUUUCUUGGAUGUCUCUAAACUAUUGCUGACGUAUGCGGACAAUAUUCUGAGGAACCCAGAUGAAGACAAGUACAGAUCGAUCCGGAUCGGCAACCCCACGUUUUCCACGAAGCUGCUUCCGGUCCCAGGAGCGGUCGAGUGCUUGUUUGAGAUGGGCUUUGAAGAGGCAGAGACGCACCUGGUGUUCCCGCAGUCCGCCUCCGUGGACCAACUUCGUCGCAUCCGUGAGACCAUCGCGGCAGAGAGGGACCAGCGGCUGGGGGCGGGGCAAACCCCCAUCUGUCCUCAGAGCUCCCCCCACAGCAGUGUUCCUCCCCUGCCACCAAACAGCCCCGCCCCUGCUCUGGCUCCACCCACCGCCCCUCCAACGCCUCAGCCCUGCGCACUGCCUAUCCCACCGGAGAACAGUGUGGGCUUCUUCAGGACGCUGCAGUCUAAUUUCCAGCAUGUGCUGGUGUAUGAGACCCCUGCCCUUCAGCGGAAGGCUCUGGAGCGCAUCCCCCUCCCCCGCCUCAGCACUGCCGCCCAGAGGAGGCUGCAGCAGGCCCAGGAGGCCGACCCAGAGUGUGGCCUGUCGGAGCAGGACAUGCUCCUGCUGGAGCUCCUGGCCUGGUUUAAGGGGGAGUUCUUCUCCUGGGUGGACUGCCUGCCCUGUGCCCACUGUGGGGGACGCACACAGUCCGCUGGCCCCCUGCCCCCCUCUGCUGACGAUCUGCGCUGGGAUGCCAACCGUGUAGAGAACCACCGCUGCCCCGCCUGCCAGAACAGCACCCGCUUCCCCAGGUAUAAUAACCCUGAGAAGCUUCUGGAAACCAGAAGGGGGCGCUGUGGGGAGUGGGCCAACUGCUUUACCCUGUGCUGCAGAGCAGUGGGGCUGGACGCACGCUACAUCUGGGACAGCACAGAUCACGUGUGGACGGAGGUGUACUCCGAGUCCCAGCGGCGCUGGCUGCACUGUGACCCCUGUGAGAACACCUGCGAUAAGCCGCUCCUGUACGAGGUGGGCUGGGGAAAGAAGCUGUCCUACAUCCUGGCCUUUUCCAGAGAGCAGGUGGUGGACGUCACCUGGAGGUACUCCUGCAAGCACGAGGAGGUGCUCACCCGCCGAACACAGGUGCAGGAAGCCUGGCUGCGAGAGACCAUCAGCAGCCUGAACUCCGCGAGGCAGCAGUCUCUCCCUGCAGAGAGGAAGAAGGAGCUGCUGGAGCGGCUGCUGGUGGAGCUGGUGGAGUUCAUCUCGCCCAAGAAGCCCAAGGCGGGGGAGCUGGGGGGGCGCGUCUCAGGCUCGCUGGCCUGGAGGGCCGCCAGGGGGGAGACCCGCCCCGUCGCGAAACCGGAGGAGUUUGUGUUCGUUCCCACGGAGACUGAGAAGAGUGAGCUGCGGUUCCACCUGCAGUAUAGCGCUAGUGGCGACCGCUACGUGCGCGUGUCCGGCACCCCGGCGGAGAUGGCGGGCUGGGAGAGCGGGGCGUGGUGCCGGGAGGCCGUGUUCCGCAAAGAGGAGCUCGACUGGAAAAUGGUGUACAUCGCCCGCACUGAGGGCUCUUCCUCCGGGAAGAUCAGCUGGAGGUUCGACUGCAGCCCUGUGGGUCUGAAGAUGGGGACGGUGAAGGUCAGAACGACCAGCCAGACCUUCCACUCGGGGAGCGUCUGCUGGAGGAUGCGUUCAGGCCAGGAUACCAUAGAGUUCCCAGGAGAUGGCGAGAUGCACUCGGCGCCGAGCUUCUCCGGACGCACAGAGCUGGAGGUGGAGGCGGAGCUUGCAGGCGGGGAGGGGGCGUGUUCAUGGCAGCAUGCUCAGCUGUUCAGGCAGAGCCUGGAGGAGCCGAAGGAGCCCUCACUGGAGAUCCUCAUUGAGCUGGAGGAGGCCUGAGAGCGGUGGGGACACCAGUGCCCCCACGUGCUCAUCGGCAGUACUGCGUGUGUUACUGUAUCAUGACCAAAUUUAUCAGGUUAUUAUCUUUUUUCCUGAAUGGAAAGACUGGUGAGUUUGGAGGGGGGCACGGGUGAGUGUGGGUGUUGGGGGCGUGGCAGCGGGGGCAUACAUGUGAGGGGUUCUUUGAUUCCAGAUCCUGGUUCCAUCCAUGCACUUUAAUGUCCUUCUUGCACCAAAAUGUCCACCCGACCCCUUUUAAAUUUUGAAAUGUUUUACAGAAAAAUAAUAUCCCCCCUUCCCUGGUGCUCCCACCCUGAUACCUGGUUGAAUGACCCUUGUACUACAACUUGUCAGUCCCCCAGAAACUUGCCUUUACCGUCCAAAAUGAGCCUGAGUCGCGCGUUAUUUUGAUGUUUUCCGCUCCCCUGUUCUGGGGUCCCCUGCCCUGGGCUCCCCUGUUCUGGGCUCCUCCGCCCUGGGGUCCCCUGCCCUGGGCUCCCCUGCCCUGGGACUCCAGGCUCCUGGUUAGCUGUUUUUGGCUGUCACUCAGAACUUUAUUAAUGUUGCGGCCCCCCAACCCCGUGGCUGAUUAGGGUCAGCUUGCCACGUCCAGGUUCUUGGGUCU